AUGGACUGGUCUCAGAGGUGGACAGGUCUCGGAGGUGGACUGGUCUCAGAGGUGGACUGGUCUCAGAGGGGGAAUGGUGUCAGAGGUGGACUGGUCUCUGAGGUGGACUGGUGUCAGAGGUGGACUGGUCUGUUGGAGGUGGACAGGUCUCGGAGGUGGACUGGUCUCAGAGGUGGACUGGUCUCAGAGGUGGACAGGUUUGUGGGAGGUGGACAGGUCUCGGAGGUGGACUGGUCUCUGAGGUGGACUGGUGUCAGAGGUGGACUGGUCUCAGAGAUGGACUGGUCUCAGAGGUGGACAGGUCUCGGAGGUGGACUGGUCUCAGAGGUGGACUGGUCUCAGAGGGGGAAUGGUGUCAGAGGUGGACUGGUCUCUGAGGUGGACUGGUGUCAGAGGUGGACUGGUCUGUUGGAGGUGGACAGGUCUCGGAGGUGGACUGGUCUCAGAGGUGGACUGGUCUCAGAGGUGGACAGGUUUGUGGGAGGUGGACAGGUCUCGGAGGUGGACUGGUCUCUGAGGUGGACUGGUGUCAGAGGUGGACUGGUCUCUGAGGUGGACUGGUGUCAGAGGUGGACUGGUCUCAGAGAUGGACUGGUCUCAGAGGUGGACAGGUCUGUUGGAGGUGGACAAGUCUCGGAGGUGGACUGGUCUCAGAGGUGGACUGGUCUCAGAGGUGGACAGGUCUGUUGGAGGUGGACUGGUCUCAGAGAUGGACUGGUCUCAGAGGUGGACAGGUCUGUUGGAGGUGGACACGUCUCGGAGGUGGACUGGUCUCUGAGGGUGGACUGGUGUCAGAGGUGGACUGGUCUCAGAGGUGGACAGGGGGUGAGCCGCCUUCGUUACGUCCAAUCAGAACAGCUGUACUUCAAAGUGCCGCUGACAGCCGCACGGCAACAGCGAGGCUCACGCAGGAUGUUUGUUGAAGUAUCUGUGGAAGCGCAGCAGCAGAACCCACCGCAGCAGAACCCACCGCAGCAGAACCCACCGCAGCAGAACCCACCGCAGCAGAAGAGAGAAGCCGCUGGAGCAGAGCGUUUCCAAAACACCCCGCCCUCCCGCUCCCGGUGCUCAGACGCUUCCCCCUCUGACCCUCACAGCACGGCCCCUCCACUAAGUCUCUGUAAUUAG